UGUCUCUGACAAUAAUUUGUUGUUUUUUUGUUUAUAUUUCUGAAAAAUUUUAGUAAAAUGCAUUAAAUGUAAUUAAGUAAAAGUACGGUACAUAGGUAACAUGUACACAAACGUUGUUUCUCUUAAACUAUAAAAUUGAAAAUCAUAAGUUUUAAAAUGUUGGAUAUCAAUUUGACUUGUCGUACUUGUAUGAAAGAAAAUGUAACUUUAAUUAAUUUGUAUGAAAAAGUGAAAGCAGAAGAAAAUAUUUCCAUGCAACUUAGUGAAAUGCUUCAGAAGUGUACAAAUACACGGAUGCAGGAAGGAGAUGGCCUCCCUCAAAAACUCUGUGACAAAUGUGUGAUGACCUUAAAAAUGAUUUACACAUUUCAAAAACAAGUAAUAAAAGCUGAAGAGGAGUUCAGAAAACUGUUAAGAAUUCAGCUCGAUGUGAAGCAUGAACUGCCCGAUGAUACUUACAGUUUAAAACUUGAGAAUGACCUUGAAUGUUAUGCUACACAAAAUGAUUUUGGUUUAAAUAUAUUACCUAAAGAUGAAGACGGGGCAGACAAUAGUAACUUCAGCUUUUUAGAUAGUGAAUUUAAGGAUGAAUUUAAAAUACGAAAUUCACCACCAAAAAAGAAAAAAAGGCAGACAUGUCUGCAUUGUCAGAAAGUAUUUUUUAAAAGGAAAGUGUAUGAAAAACAUAUUGGAGUAUGCAUAAAAAAAACAUUAGAUAUAAAGACUGAAAGUCAUUCUGAAAAUCAAGAAGUAUACCAGUGUCCGAACUGUGAUGUAUCAUAUUCGAAACACCGAUCUCUGGCCAUGCAUAUGAAGAAACAUAAAAACUCGAAUUUUCAGAGUUACAUCUGUAAUAUUUGUUCUAAAAGUUUUACAUACAAACAUUUACUACGUAGACACAUGAAGAUUCAUGAACAAAAGAGGCAAUAUGAAUGUGGAGAGUGUCAUAAAUCAUUUGUAAGGAAAGACCAUUUGACUACCCAUGUAAUGAGUAAUCAUGGUGCUUUAAAACCUUACAUCUGUCCAAUAUGCAGAAAAGAUUUCCCUCAGCAGUGCAACUUAAAAGACCAUAUAAGAAUACAUACCGGUGAAACCCCAUUCUUGUGCUCGGAGUGCGGGAAGGGCUUUGCUAAUGUCUCUAAUCUACGGCAGCACGUGUUUCGUCACGCCGGAGUCAAACCAUUUACCUGCAACUCCUGUCCCAAAUCAUUCUGUACUAAAGGACAAUUGCAGUGUCACAUGUCAACCCACACGGGCCUGCGUCCUUACAAAUGUGAAGAGUGUGGCUCUGCGUUCACCAAGCCGGGCUCCUUGAAGAAACAUUUGAUAAUACACACUGGUAUAAAACCAUACGCCUGCGAAUCCUGCAACAGAAGGUUCACAUGCAAAGACCACCUGAAGCGGCACGAGCGCAUCCACACCGGGGAGAAGCCGUACCGCUGCACCAUGUGCGAGCGCGCCUUCACGCAGAGCAACGACCUGCUCAAGCACGUGCGCUCACACGUCGGACAGAACAUAUACCAGUGUACAAUUUGCGGGGACAAGUUCAGGUUGGCGAGAGAGCUGAAACUGCACUAUCCAGUCCAUUUCGGAGGGCAUCAGCCCGAUGAUCAUCAGGGAAGCCAAUUGUCCGACCCAAAGGCGCAGGCAGCCGGAGAUAUCAGCGAAGUACCAAAGAACGAUGACCCCGCUUACACAAUACUGAUACACAGUUGCAACCCCGGGGAUAUUAGCAUUAAUGUCAACACCGACAAGAAUUAAACACAAAAUCAAACAAUCAAGAAAUUAUUUUUUGUGAAUUAAUUUUUCAUACAAUACGGAACUGAAACAAUUAACACAGUUUAUAAUCAGUCCAUGGAACAUGAACUUUGAGGAUACAGUGUGUAUUAGAACGAAGCCAACCGGAGACAACAGAGAAAAUCAGCCAUAGAAAAACAUGCUAUUGUUUUUCGAAAUAAGCACGCAAUGGCUCUGAGGAAUUAUUUGAGAUGUUUUUCGUCAUUAUGGUGAAAUCGUACUGUAUUUGAGUUCAUUCACACUGGGAAAACAGUGUGAUUCCACGGAACCAUUUUACCACGAACCAUCCGAGAUAAACUCUCCACGGUGCUACCAGAGUGCUUUGGCAUAUCCAUAUUCAAAUGAGAGUUUGAAGAGGGUCUUGGGAGCUGCUUGGUAGACCACUCACCGUCACAUAGGCUUUAAGCUCGUCUACCUGUCACGGCAUUAGCAAAUGCGUUGGCUCUUCCGGGGUGCGUGUAGCUUAUUCCCGGUCAGAUGCUGUUGUCAUGGAAUAUAUAUGUCGGUGAUCAGAUUAAAGUCCUAUAUAUUACUAAAGAGCUAAGUUCACAAUUACGUAUUUAGCCAUAUUGUGGGGUGUUUUAGAAAUACGUUUUUAUAAUUAGAAUUUUGUUAGUUACUCGAUUAAUUUUAUAAAUAAAUAAAUAAAUGUACAGUGGAAUUAAGAAUGUGAUGACCAACCAUUUUAGCGAAGCAGAAGAAUAAUAUGUACAUAUUUAAUAUGAAACUGUUGUAAACGAUGUAAUUUUUCAAUAAAAUUUCCGACUACAAAGACCAGCGUCUUAAACGUUUUUAAAUAUUUAAUUUUUAAAAUAUUAUACAGCAUUAAUAAUUCGCAAGUCGGAAAUUAUUUCCUAUAAGUGUGAUACAUAUGGAAAAAUUUUAAUGGACAUAUAUUUUACAGUUGUCAAGUUAUUUCUAUUAAAAUGAUCGUUACGUUUUAUACGUUGUUCUGAUAAUACGAUCUAAUUGUCGCCCUAUCCGGAUUCUACUGUAUUGUGAUAUUAGUUUAUUGCCAUAAGGCAAAAUCGCCUUAUUAGUGUACGGUCACACGUAGCUCUCUUUUAUAAUAUGUAAUUAUAGUAUUAUUAAACAAAAAUAAUAAAUAAUAAAUCGAUCUAACGUUCAUUAUAACUUAAGUGAUUUAUAGAUUUUACUAAAACAUCUAUAAUCUACAAAUAAAUAUAUGUAAUAUUGAA